ACCUGGAACUGGCGCGGGCUGGCUGAGCGCCAGCUGUGAGCACCGCCCGCGAGCCCCGCUGCACGCGUCCCGGAGCUCGGUCCUCGGUGCAGGCAUGAUCGGCCAGAAGACCCUCUACUCGUUCUUCUCCCCGACCCCCACCGGGAAGCGGAGCACGCGCAGCCCCGAGCCGGUGCCGGGGGCGACGUGGCGGCCGAGGACAGCGGCGAUACGCACCGCGCGCCCGGGGCCGCCUUACGGGUUCAAAACAGCCGCGCGCGUCGGCGGCCGCCAUGCCGAGACGCCAGCCAGUGGGGACGGGGCCCGGCCGCCGCCGAGCCAAUCGGUGUGCAGCGUUCCCGCCCCUCCCUCCGCGGGGUCCAAUCACAGGCGGCGGGGGGCGGGAGCAGUUUUGCCGCGAAAAGGCCGCGUGCGCCUGGGCGCGGAGGCGGGCGGAGGGUGGCGGCGGCGGCUCGGGCUCCGGCUCCGGCUCGGCCCCGGUCGGCUCGGCCAUGGGCAUUUCGGGCCGCGGCCUUUGGGGUUGGCGCGGAGCCUGCGUGCGCCGCGGGGGGCCAGGCGGCGGAGUCUCACCCGCGACCCCGACUCCUGGCAGGCCAGCCCCGCCAAGAAGGCCCGGGUCGGGCAGGACGAGCCGGCCACGCCGCCCUCCUCGCCGCUCAGCGCCGAGCAGCUAGUCCGCAUCCAGAGGAACAAGGCCGCGGCCCUGCUCAGGCUCGCCGCCCGCAACGUGCCCGCCGGCUUCGGCGAGAGCUGGAAGCAGCAGCUGUGCGGAGAGUUCGGGAAGCCGUACUUCAUUAAGCUCAUGGGAUUUGUUGCUGAAGAAAGAAAACAUCACAAGGUCUAUCCACCCCCGGAGCAGGUGUUCACGUGGACCCAGAUGUGUGACAUCCGAGAUGUGAAAGUUGUCAUUCUGGGACAGGAUCCCUAUCACGGCCCUAAUCAAGCUCAUGGGCUCUGCUUCAGUGUCCAAAGACCAGUUCCACCCCCGCCCAGUUUGGAAAACAUUUUUAAAGAGCUGUCCACAGACAUCGAUGGUUUUGUUCAUCCUGGCCACGGGGAUUUAUCGGGAUGGGCCAGACAAGGUGUCCUGCUCCUCAACGCUGUCCUCACCGUCCGCGCCCACCAAGCCAAUUCCCAUAAGGAGCGGGGUUGGGAGCAGUUCACGGAUGCAGUUGUGUCGUGGCUCACAAACCUGACGGGUCUUGUCUUCCUGCUCUGGGGCUCUUACGCCCAGAAGAAGGGCAGUGCCAUUGAUAGGAAGCGUCACCACGUCCUGCAAACAGCCCAUCCCUCCCCGUUGUCGGUGUACAGGGGCUUCUUUGGAUGCAGACAUUUUUCUAAAGCCAAUGAACUGCUCCAGAAGUCUGGCAAGAGGCCCAUCAACUGGAAGGAGCUGUGAUCUUGCAGUGCAGGCCGCCUGUCUCCAGCAGAGCUUCUGAGAGGCCGCUGAAGCAUUGGCCAUAGACGACACUGAAAAAGUCCUGUUCUUAAGUUCCCGUGUGCGUGAAGAAAAUGGAGAGAUCUUUGUAAAGCGGUCACGAGCCAGCCAGGCCGCAGAAACCACAGCUUCGGCAGCCAGACCUCUUUUGACUGGCGCUAGGCUUGAACUCUCCGGGCCAGGCAAGGUGGCCUGGCCCAACAAGCCCACUUCUCACAGACCGGUGGUCACAUGCUUGUCCUCUGUGAGCUGUAUUGGGCUGGGGGAGAGAUGGUUUUUGAUGAGCUAAGUUUGGUGUCUGCUGCUGUUUACUUUUGCUUUUAGACGUAGUGGUUACAAGGUGUCCAGGUGCGUUCUUCAAAGGGCCUCUGUCUCAAGGAGCCCUCGGGUGUCUUGCCAUCUUUGAGAUCUGUUUCCUGUUAGAAAGGGAGCGAGUGUGUUGUCCUGGCCCAGGAGGAGUGGCUGCCAUCCAUCCUGCUGCUCGUCCAGGCCUUUGCCUUAAGCAAGUGGUAAAGUUGAGCAGAGCAGAGGGUAGGGUUUGCGUUUGUUUUAAACGAGGGUGGGAGGUUUUCUUGUCGUACCUGUGGAGUCAGGGUUCCCACCGCAGACUGCCAGGUGUGGUUUGUGUGUGUGACACUGGGGACCAACCCCAGGGUGCUGCUUUUUUUUUUUUUUUUUUUUUUGUUUGUUUAAUGGGCUGAAUUCACACAAAUUGUAUUUCUCUGCAACGCUGGAGAAUGUUGUGUCUUUUACAGGGUAGGCAGAUAGAUUAUUUUUUUCAGUCCUUUCUUUGAGAGACAAUCUACUGAGUUUAUACCUCAACCUGGAUCCAGUGGAUCCUACUGGUUAGAGAAGUGAUCUGCCUGAGCAGGAUAAUAAAGAUCGUUGGAGUUUGGCUUUGUACA